AUGAAGGAAUAUAAAGUCUAUUUAGAACGAGCUAGAUCUCGCCAACAGCACUUCCUAUACCCACUUAUUUUUAGGGAGUAUAUUUAUGGACUUGCUUAUAGUCAUAAUUUGAAUAGAUCCAUUUUUGUGGAAAAUAUAGGGCAGCCCAUUAGUAAGCCGGUCUGGGCCGAUUCAUCUGAUUUUGAUAUUAUUGACCGAUUUUUGGGAAUAUGCAGAAAUCUUUCUCAUUAUUAUAAUGGAUCCUCAAAAAAAAAAAGUUUGUAUCGAAUAAAGUAUAUACUUCGGCUUUCUUGUAUUAAAACUUUGGCUUGUAAACAUAAAAGUACUGUACGCGCUUUUUUGAAAAGAUCAGGUUCAGAAGAAUUCUUGCAAGAAUUCUUUACAGAGGAAGAAGAGAUUCUUGCUUUUCUUUUUCCAAGAGAUUCCUCUACUUUGCAGCGGUUACAUAGAAAUCGCAUUUGGUAUUUGGAUAUUCUUUUCAGUAACGAUCUGGUCCAUGAUGAAUGA